AUGAGGAAAGCGUUCAAAAAGGCGUUUAACGACUUUAGAGACGUGGUGGAUGGGAAGAAGGAUGAGAAUGAGAACGAGACCCCCACACCUGGUUUCGACGUCCAGCGUUCCAUUUACUACCGCGAAGCGACUCGACCUUCCCCCAAAGACAUCCUUCAAUAUCGCUACCAGCACGGGACCAAUCUCGGCGGCAUCUUCAUCCUCGAGCAAUGGAUGUUCGGGAGCAUGUACGACGAGGGGGUCUCGGGGAGCAGUGAGCUCGACGCUGUGAAUGCGUCCAUCAAUGCCCGUGGCCUUGAUGCAACCCGCCAGAAAUGGGAGACUCACUGGGCCAACGCCCUCACCGACUCGGACCUCGACUGGCUCGCCAGCUCGGCCCACUGCAAUGCCAUUCGCUUGCCCAUCGGCUAUUUCAGCUUGGGCCCAGCCUUCUGUGCCAACACCGCCUUCGCCAUGGCACCGUCUCAAGUCUAUAUCAACGCAUGGUCCGCCGUCAAGCGCCUCGUCUCGCGAUGUUUCCAGCACGGCAUCGGUGUUCUCAUCGACCUACACGGAGUCCCUGGUGGAGCCAAUCACGAAACACACUCUGGCACCAGCAGCGGCAAGGCCGAGCUAUGGGCCAACCCGUUCAACCUUGGGCUUGCGACCCGAUGUCUGGUAUUUAUUGCGGAAGAGAUCUUCCGGGACCCCCAACUGGCUGGUGUCGUUGGACUCCAAGUGUGCAACGAAGCCAUUAUCGAUCCGCCGGGGAUGUAUGAGUGGUACAACCAUGUCAUACAACAAAUAUCGGCUUUGGAUCCGUCCCUUCCCGUCUAUCUCAGCGAUGGAUGGGAUCUCGGUCGCGCCGUUCGUUUCACGCGCGCAUACAACAAUCCAGGGACGCAGAGCUGCCCGGUAGUUGUGGAUACCCACAAAUAUUGGACCUUUGACGAGAAGGACACGUCGCGCUCCCCCUACGAGAUCAUCGAACAGGUCAAGACCGAGCUGCAGGAACUCGAUUCGACUCUUGUCGGAGAUGUCUUUUCCCAUCAGGCGGCUGUGGCGGUCUUCGUCGGCGAGUACAGCCUCGCCCUGGCGCCACAGACAUGGAGCAAGGCGCCCCCCGACCAGAAAGACGAGUUGAUGAAGCAAUUCGGACAUGUCCAAAGCCAAACGUGGCAGAGCAGGGCGUCCGGGUCGGCGUUCUGGACCUUCAAAAUGGAUUGGAUGCCCGGGUGGGAAUGGGGCUUCAAGGCAUCCAGCGACGCAGGACAAAUUGUGCCCCCAAAGGAGUUUGCGCUGACGGUGGGAGAGAUGAAACACAGGCUUGCGCAGGCGGACGAGAAGAAGAACUCGCUCUGUUGGCGCGCGACCAAGGAACACACUGACUAUUGGACGGCCAAUAGUCCCCGAGAAAAAUUCGAGCAUUGGCUGUACGAGGAAGGUUGGAAGCUGGGAUGGGCCGACGCGCGACAUUUCUUUGCGGCACGGUUGGAAGGGCAGAUUCCCUGUGCUGGUACAGCUGCCAGCCAGGGACCACCGCCUCUGGACGACAGCCUCGUCAUCAUGGCAGACAAGAUUGGCGCGUUGGACCUCUGGAUCCUCAAGCGAAUGCGUCAGGCUGGCGUGGCGGAUCCCAAGGGGUGUCCCUUUGGGUGGGAAUUCGAGCAUGGCUUUCGAAGAGGAGUGGGUGAUUUUGAGGGGAAUGUCCGGCCGUAA